AUGAAACCGUUGUACAGCCUCCCGUGGGGCGGCAUGCGCAUUCAUGACACAAGUGCCACACCAGCAUUGAUCACCGCUUUCGAGAACGCCAUCUACAAUGCUGAGAAAGAUACAAAGCUUGCACACGUCGUUUCUUUCACGACGUACGACACCUAUCAGCUCGCUUUCACCGAACUGGAAUACUUCGUUCCAGUCGAUCUCGCAAACCCUCCCGAAAUCGCGAAAGAGUACCUCAGCAUUCCAUUCAUGCAAGAUAACACCGGCAAUAGUACGCUCGAGGAUCUGACGCCUCACCGAAGUAAUGAUAUGUCAUCUGGGUUUCGCACUUCCAUGUGGUCUGCAUCAUUCAAGAUGAGCGCCGAGCUCAUCCAAAAGAUGACCGAUUACUUCUUCGAGAUUGCACCUGCUCUCCCCGCCGUCUCCGUCAACAUUGCUUUCCAGGCGUUCUCCAAGCCUGCGCUAGAAGCCAUGCAGAAGAACGGCGGCAAUGCCCUUGGCCUUUACCCUGAAGACGGGCCGUUCUUCCACGUCUUGGUGUACAUGGCUUGGAACGGGACUAGCGACGACACAACGAUGAUGAUGAAGGCUGCUGAGGACUAUAUCCAAGUGUCCAAAACUAUGGCUAAGGAGCUUGGAGUCGAUAACGAUUACUACUAUAUGCCAUACAGCAGCGGUUAUCAGCCUGUCGUAGCUGGGUACUGUGCAGAGAACAUGGCAAGGUUGCAAGCUAUAUCGAACAAGUAUGACCCGACACAAGUUUUUCAGAACUUGCAACCUGGGUACUUCAAGCUCCAUGGAAAAGCACCGCUUGGCGCGAGUGUGUAG